CGGGAGAGUUGCAGCCUUGCAAGUGACUGUUUGCUAUCGUAUCCACUCCUUUAAUUUGUUUUCUUUCAACAUCGAUCUGCUUUACUUUGUCUACUUUCCACAUCUUUGUGCGCAAGGUGAGCCACGCUUCUCCGACGAGGCCGAGGCGCGUGCGCCAAAGAUAAACCCGUGCAUCUCCUCCGAUCCUCGUGGAGACCUGCAGGCGAUCGAUGGAGGGUGCCGCAGCCGGAGAGCCGGCACCGGCGGGCGUGCAUGCCGUGCCCUCCCGCAGGCUGAUCGCCGGCUUCAUCUCGGGCACGCUCAAUGGCCUCUUCGCUCUCGCUGGAGCACUAACCGGAGCAGUCACCGGCGCGCUGGCGGGCAGAGCCUCCGAUAGCGGCGUUCUCCGGGGAGCUAGAUCUGGAGCUAUCACCGGGGCUGUCCUCUCCAUCCUGGUUCUCCAGGCAUCUCGCGCCUACUGGUGCUCAGACCGGCUCGGCGCGUCAUCCAUGUCCAUGACAGAUUUCAUAGAGCAGCUCCUUCAUGCCCGGUUUGAGCAACAGCGGCUUGGAUUUUCAGCACAUACAUCACACCAGUCACAGGUCAGCAUAUCCGGCUUUGGUCAGGAUGAUGUGUAUGAAAUCUUCGGAGACAUUUCGUUGAGAGGGCUUUCGCCCGAGUCCCUGAAGAAAUUACCACACUAUGUGGUAACUGAUCAGGUCCAUAGCACAUUUCAUGAAAACCUGCCUUGCACUAUUUGUCUACAGGAUAUGGUAGCUGGCGAGACAGCAAGGAGGUUGCCGAAUUGCUCCCAUGCUUUUCACCAGCCCUGCGUGGACAAAUGGCUCUUUACCCACGGUUCAUGCCCUGUGUGUCGGCAACAUGUGCAGCGUAUAUAGGAAUACAUGCAUUUUUUACAGUCGAGUUCUCUGUCCUAGAAGGAAUAAAUUAUGUAAAGUAUUUGCUCUCAUACAUUGUAGAAAGUGAGAGGAGGGAGAGAGAGAGUAUACACACACCGCGUACUCCAAGCAAGUGGAUUUGUACAUCUGACAUUUUAUCUUACAUUCCGCGGAAAAUGUUGUGUGGAAAGAUUGAUUGUCUGCCAUAGAAUGUAUACAAGACAUUCAAUUUUACAAUGUGCUUCUGUGAUCAGACAUAAGAAAAUGAGCUAUGAUUUUGGUUUUUCAGCAGUGGAAUA